AAUCCUAACCAUCUAUUGAGGAGGUGGAUGGAUAUAAAUAGGGGGUGAGAGUUAGAGUUUAUGUAUGUGUGAAUCAUUUGUAACAAACACUUGAACAAUAAAGUAUUCUUCCACCAAAGCUUCCUUUCUCUUGUGUUCUCUUGUAUUCUUAGCUUUCUUGCAAAGUAUUGAAGGUUAGGAUGACUUGGUCUUAGCUCAAGAGGUUAAGUAAGUCCGAGUGCCGGUACGGUAGCGUUGGAGUGUGUCCAAGGCCGUGACAUCGAGCUCUCCAAUCUCUGUCACUGUGGCUCACUAGUGUCGCACCCAAGCUCCCUCCCUCUCUCGACAACGGUCUCUCUUGCUGUCUCCGGUGUCGCACUCAAGCUAGUCAUCGCUCUCUUGGAUCGGGUCUCUCUCAUGGUCUCUGGUCUCGCACUCAGCGGCGCUCGCGCUCCUUUCCUCCCUUCGUUGUCGCCAGUUGCAGAAGCAGCAGGUCUUGGGACUGGUCGUCAUCUUCGCUCCCUGUCUCGUCACUGUCUCGCAGUCAGUCCCGCGCCUUCAUUGCGCUCGUCGUCACCGGCGGCAGGAGCAGCAGGUCCCGGGGCUUCUCCUCGCCGCCAGCAACUCUCGCCGUCAGCUACGCUUCCUUCGCGCAACCAGAAGCUGGUCCCGAUUUGGAAAGAGAUAUCACAACUGCAGGAAAAAGAAAUUGAAAUGAAAAAGGCAGCAGCUAGAGGUAGCAAGGCUGAACAGAAAGCUAAGAAACAAGUGGAGGACGAGGUUACUCGACUUUCUGCUAAUCUUAAAGAGAAACAUGCAAAAGCACUGGCUGAUGGGAGCAGAGAAUCCAAGCAGAGCAGAGUGACACUACAAGUUGAAGCCUCUCGGUUUAACUGUUUGUGAAAUAAAGCCUGAUGGACACUGCCUCUAUAGAGCCGUUGAGGAUCAGCUGGCCCUCCUCUCUGGUGGUAGAUCACCUCGCAGAAAUUUGAAAACUAUUGUAAAGAGGUGGAGUCCACGGCUUUAUGGGGAGGACAGUUAGAGGUUGGUGCCUUGAUUCACUGCUUGAAGAAGCAUAUUAUGAUAUUUUCAGGCUCCUGCCCGAAUGUGGAGAUGGGGAAGGAGUAUAACUCUGCCGAUGGCACUGCCUCAUCAAGUUCGAGUAUUAUGCUUUCCUACCGCAAGCAUGCUUUUGGACUUGGUGAGCAUUAUAAUUCUGUGGUCCCAGCAUGAUCUGAAUGUGUCUAUCACAAAAAGCAUUUUUAUGACGAUGUUGCCUUACAGCAUUUUUCUUUGAAACCAAACAUUUGAUGAAAGAUCUCUUGGAAUCGAAGUUGUUAUAACUUAUAACAGUUCUUGAAUGAGUGAUUUGCUUUGACAUGCUCAUUGAACCAUUCUGAAUUUGUGAUCCACGUAAAUAAUUUUGAUCAACAUAAUUUCAAAUUGUGAGUAGCUCAAAUUUUAUGUUGUUGAACAUUCAGCAAAGAGAAUACUUUGCUUUGCAUCUAUGAAAGGGUUAAAGUUGAAGCAUACACAACUUGGAACAAGAGAGAAACUGUGUCUAGGUUCCUUAAUUUACAAUUUGUAUGCUGAAAACCGUCCUCGUUUUCCUUGAUCAUCAUAUACCGUUUCUACUCUACCAUGAAGUUAAUUACUUUUGCCAUCUAAUACUAAAAAUAAUUUCGCACCUCACCAAUCACAAUCCAAAAGAGCAGACACACGAAUUCCGCACAAAAUAAACAAUCUUAUCAGCAUUCCUGUAUUGGACAAGUUCGUCUCUUCCCAUUCCAAAAGUCACAUAUAUUACAGGUUUUCUACCGUAAGACUAGUUUAUCACCAUCAUUUUCUGCAUGGUAAUAGAAAUUGUUUUUUCAGGACC